AAAUUUUUCUAGCAUGUUAGUACGCUAAGUACACUAAUUUCGUUAGCACUAAACUUUCAUUCCUUCCCCUGCAGGUUAAGAAUGGCUCUUUUAGGUCUCCUUUUAAUGGGAAUUUCCCUCAUGUUCCAAUCUGUCCAUGGCUAUGGUGGUUGGAUCAAUGCUCAUGCAACUUUUUACGGUGGAGGAGAUGCUUCUGGAACUAUGGGCGGAGCUUGUGGAUACGGAAAUUUAUACAGCAGUGGAUAUGGAACGAACACAGCUGCGUUGAGCACUGCUCUGUUCAACAAUGGGUUGAGCUGUGGAGCAUGUUUUCAGCUAAUGUGUGUGAAUGCGCGGCAGUACUGCUUGCCGGGGAUCAUUACAGUGACAGCCACAAAUUUCUGCCCACCAGGGGGUUGGUGUGAUCCUCCAAACCAUCAUUUUGAUCUCUCUCAGCCUAUUUUCUUGCGCAUUGCUCAAUACAGAGCUGGCAUCGUUCCUGUUGCCUAUAGAAGGGUACCCUGCAGAAGAAGAGGAGGAAUUAGAUUUACAAUCAAUGGUCACUCUUACUUCAAUUUGGUUCUUGUAACAAAUGUUGGAGGUGCAGGGGAUGUACACUCAGUGUACAUCAAAGGUUCAAGAACUCAGUGGCAACCAAUGUCAAGAAAUUGGGGCCAAAAUUGGCAGAAUAACGCUUACCUCAAUGGCCAAAGCUUGUCCUUUAAGGUCACCACAGGCGAUGGUCGCACUGUUGUUUCUUACAAUGCAGCUCCUACUUCUUGGUCCUUUGGUCAGACUUUUACUGGAGCACAAUUCCGUUAGAAUCCUAAAUAUUUAUCACAAUUUUACUAAAUAUUUAAUUUUAAAUAUUAUUCUAAGAGUUUGGCCUUAAUUUGAGGCAUUUACUCACCAUAAUUUAAGAAACAAAGACUAAAUAUCUGGGAAAAGCGCAGUUUGGCACUUUUUGUCCAUUGUAAAAUUGUCCAUUCAGUUGUGGAAGUAAAAAGAAUUGAUUUGGCCUACUUUUUUUGGUUGGUUAUUAACGUUUUGGGGACGGCAGUUGUGAGCUUUUACUGCUCAACUUAUAGUAUAAAUAGCAUUACAAUAUUGUGUGCAUAGAAGAAAAAAAUAUCUACUUUUUUUUUUUUACUGUAAAAGAGCUAAGCUCUAAUUAUGCUGAGUAUGUAUUCAAUUGUCUCUAGCUAUUUGUUUGUAAGAAAAUGUUACUAUAAUAAUAAAAGGAAACUUCAAGUUGUACUA